AUGAGUUAAAUUUUAGCACCUGUAGUUGAAUAAACAACAAUACCAGAUGGAUUCAUUUUAGAAUAAAAUUCAAAAACCUUAAUGGUGACCAUAAACAGACCAAAUUAGGCAAAUAGCUUCACUUUAGGAAUGUAUUUAUAAUUGAUUGAAAUUCUAAAAAAAGCAGCAGAAGAUGAUACCGUACAAUAAUAUUAUAUAAUUAAGGUUGAUAUAGUUUUGGUAAAGGGAAAUGGAAAAAUGUUUAGUUCAGGUAAUGAUAUGAAGAAUUUUUCAUUAUUUACUUUAUCAACCGAAGAGGUAUUAGAUAUAUAAUAUUUUAUUAGUAAAGAAUUCAAUUUGCCACAGAAUUAGUGGAAUUAAUAAGAGAAUUAAAUAAUUCCAUUUUACAUUUUCCAAAGACUUUGAUAGCCUGUUGUCAUAAUGGUGUGUUUGGGUUUUUAUUUCCAAUGUUGGCUCUAUUUGAUUAAGUGUUUGUGACAGAAGAUUGUUAUUUUGUAGCUCCAAUGAUAUAACUUGGUUAAGUAAUUAUAUAUAUCUAUAAUAAAAGGGUCAUGAAAUGUUUUCAUCUUAUACUUUUCCAAGAUUAUUUGGACAUAGUAAAUCAUAUAGUUUGAUGGUAAAUGGAGAGAGAUUAUUGGCAAAAGAUGCAAUAGAAUGUGGAUUCGCUUAAAAAAUGUUUAAGACAAAAGAUGAGAUGUAUAAUCAUGCUUAAAAAAUUUGUUAAUCAAUAGAAUAAAUGGAUAGAAAUAGUGUAAUGAAUGGAAAGUUAUUGAUGAGAGAAGCAUUAAUGAGUGUAUAAUUCUAUAUUAUAUUAUAUAAUAGGAAUUGAGCAAAGCUGGAGAGAGAGAAUUGAAAGUAAAUUUCAAGAUUUGGUCUCAAGAGAAUUUGCUUGAUAAUGUAAUGAAACAUAUGAUGAGAAUGAGAUCAAGAUUGUGAAA